AUGGGUGCUUGUAGUUAAGGAUAGAAUAUUGAGAAUUUAAAGGGAAAAGAAAGAACAUUAACAAAAUUAGUGGGAUAUUUUUACAGUAUUCCAAUGCAACAACAUCCAGACAUUGACAGUUUAGUAAUAACGAAAUUAGAGAGAUAAAAAAUAAUUUCAAGAAGAUUGAGUAAGAAUCUCAUUGAAGAAAUCGUAUUCUUUUUAAAUUCUCGCAAGAUUAGAAAUAGAGAAUAGGACGAUUUACUUGAUCAUUUUAAUUAUGUAUACAACUAGUCUUUUAAGAAAUUGAAUGACUUUAAUACCAACCUGGGGAAGAUGAUAUUGAUUACCUCCGUCGAAGUCUUAUUGUGUUAUAAGUCUCUUGAAAUGGGAGAGUUGACACCAGUAGAUGUAUGGUGGGUAGAAGAUCAUUUUUUAUGGAGGUAUUGCCAAUUAUAGGAUCAGUACAAAGUUGAAUAUGAUCAUUUUUUGGAUUUCAAUUAUCUAAUCAAAUUUAUGUAUCUGUUGAAGGAGUGUGCAAGAAUAGAACUGAAAAAGAUGAAUUUAGAAUUGAAAUAAUUGAUAAGUUCCAUCAAAACUGAACAAAGCUAAUAAUAGGAUUUCCCAAACACAGCCAGAACUGUGGAUAGUUUUAAACCAUUAAAUAAAAGAUUAGACACAUUUUGA